GAUUGUUUGUUAAAUGUCGAACUUUUGAAAUCAACGGCAUCCCUUCGAAGUUCAGCUUCAUGGUCUUCUUGCGAUACAGUUUGUUAGCCCUUCUCAAACUAUUCCAAUGGGCUCCUUUUCUCGUGACCCUGGAUCCUCUCAGUUCUAGUAUCCGGUGCAUCGACGGAGAUUCUAAAAUCCUCGAGAGGCAGAACUUCCUGGGGCCAAGUCCGCCAGCAAACUAUCACCUCGCCGGGUUCACCUCAAAUAAUAGAAGCAGCCACAGGCCUACUCUCAACCACAAUUUCCCUCCGUCAUCCUCUGCUUUAACCUAUGCACUCUUGGUUUCCCAGCACAAACACUAUUUUUCCAACUUCGUGGAUUCUCUGGUUUUGCUAUAUUCCGAACAGUUGAUUUAUUUCAACAGUGGCUUUCGCAGCCUCCUGGUCUUGGCCGCGCUCAGUCUUGGUCUUCUAUGUUUCUAUUCUAUUACAUCAAUUCGCCUCCCGCCUCAAAGAAAUAUUCGCCUACUGGCCCCUUCAUGGCGCAGCACUUUUCAUGGUGUUAGGCGAUCCCUAAUCUUGGCGACUCCGCGCGAAUCAUCUGGGAUCGGCGAAUCCACAGAUAGGAUCGAGAGCGUGUGCGCUACUCUCAACCAAGAAGCGUAUCACAACGAACUAGGUUCACUUGCCACACAACGAGGCACUCUGCGAGUUCGCAAAAAACACACCUUACAUGACGAUCUUGACAGUCCCGAAAUUCAGGGUACAGCCUCAGACCUACAUAACACUCGAUUUGUACUGCCACAUGAAACGGGUGACGAUCGUAGCGAUACCGAAAGCACAGUGAAUCAAGAGCUUGGGUCCUGCCACUCCCUGAACUUCUCACCCUCCCUCAAAUUGUUGAGCCCUACGGAUUUUAAACUUGUCGCCCAUAAUGCUAAGCCUUCAGAUUCACUUACAUCCCCGCGCCUGGUGCAUCGUGUCCGCAACUCUCCACCACUGGCUGAGGCUGUAUUACAUGAGAAAGCAAGAACGAGCAAUGCGCGUCGGUCAGCUCGCAAGCGAGAUGGUGCACCUCACGACAUCAACCUUCAAACUAUUACAUCUGCAAGGCCCAAUCACGGCGGACCUCUUUCUGUCUCAAGUAUCCAAUCAUCUUUUUCACCGAUGGUUCCUCAAAAGCGAAGUUGGUAUCGCAGGGCUUCGGACAGUUCAGAUCUUGAGGAAAGCGGUGAUUCAAGUUUCGAAGAAGGGCCUUUCGACAGCGAGUCUUCAGGGGAUCGAUUCGCCCUCGGAAUAUCUAUGCCACUAUCCAAGAACAAGAACAAAAAGCACGAUGUAUUACAUCUUCCACCAUCAACCUCCAGACGCGAUGGUAUGCUAGAGCACAAUUCUCUGUGUUGUACCACGGGAGCGGACACCGCUCUUCCUUGUCAUCCAAUACCCACAGCUACACAAUUCGAUACGCACAGUCGGAGCGCCAGCACGCCGGUCCCUUCUAGCAGAAGCAACUCAUCAAAUAAAUUUGUCGUCACCGAGGUCGAACGGGAUGACAGUCCGUCAAGUGGAUCAGAACGCAAAUUUGACGGGCCGGAUUCCUUCUGGGAAGCAGCCGUGCAAGAAAGAUUGAGGGUUACCGCUACUUUUACGACUCUGGAGCCGCUCAAACCGAAGGGGGCCAGAACUGUGCCGGUUGACCCGCCUCAAACUACCACCGCCGAUGGUGACCGGCCGAACAGAAGGCUUUCCAGCGCGUCUGCAGCCUACUCGCCCCCUUGGACGACUGUUAUGCAAAAGACACCUUGCUCUUACAGUUCACCACAAACGCUCGAUUCCCGUGAGACGCACGAUCAGCGCUUUGACGAUGAUCUCGUACCAAAGCCGGGGACACCAGGGUUGGCCUCCAAUCAAGCUGAAAGCCAAGUGCACUUCCCUGGAUUGACCUUACGCUCCGGUGCGUAUGCCAAGUACGUUCCUCCGCAACGGCGUGUGCCUGGUGAGCUCGUCUACACCGUCCCACAACGGAUGUCACCCAUGCUACAUCGAUCCGAGCGCAUGAAACUUGGAUCUUCGUCGCCUAAGCUGGAGAAGGGAUCUUGUGCGUCUACCUUGUCUCCUUGGAGCCCGUUCGCACAACACUCCCCAACUUCAGAAGCAAUCGCGUGGAAGCGCGGCGCGCUCUUCUUGCCCAAUCCUCCACCAGAUGAAUUCGCAAAUAUCGACGAAGCGGGAAACGAGAAAUCGUGGUAUGCGAGAGCAAAUUGGAAGACGCUAAACCCGGAUGACUGGCUUUCAGGCUCCGUUGCCGAGAAGCACGCCACAGGGAAGUGCAUGGUGAAAGAUAGUGAAAAAGGUUGUCAACUGAACACCCGCACCCUUCCGCAAAAGCACUGCCAUGACCUAUGGAAGAACGGUCACCAACGAUGUGAAACGUUCGGAACGUGACGAAGAAGGCCUUUUUGAUUCUUUCCCCUGGAAUAUUUGACGGUUGCUGGUCCUGUCAGUUUUCGCUACAUGUUUGAUUUGUCCUUGCAAUGUCCUUGGUAAUUUUGAUCGUUGUGCACUCGUUCUG